CUCACCUUCUCCAUCACUCACAUCCUCUCUCUCCUACCCUGCAGCUCCCUUCGCGUAUGUGUGUUUGUGUCUGAGCAAGUGUGUAUGUGAGUCAGCUGCAUCCUUAGCACCUGGGACAUUACUUUCGGUCUCCACAGGGGAAGCUGCACCACCGGCACUUGGCUCCUCAAGAAAAGACCCUCGUUGUCAGCUCUUAAGGUUUAUAGUUCAGGGCUCCAAGCCAGAAUCUCUGCGGGUGUGUAAGAGAGGAGAGGGAGGUCAACAUGGGCUCCAGCUCCUCUUCCUAUGCCCCUAAAACCAUAUACCUGGAUGUGGAUGGGAAAGUGCAAAAGGUGGUGUUCAGUCGGCACUGCAGUCCAUGUGACAUCAAGGAGCUUCUUUGUUCCUCGUCUAACAUUCCCAGGAACACUGCCAUUAUGAUGGUGGACCCAGAAGGUGCCUUGGUCUCCAUAGAUCCCACCAUGCCCACCAACUCUCCAAACUCUUUGUACAAAGUUGUCCCUCUGUCUACUGGUCAGCUUGGAGAGAAGGAGGACAUGUUUCAGAAUGUGUUGUCCCAGGUGGCUGAGCAGUUCAGCAGAGCCUUUCGCAUCAACGAGUUGAAGACCGAGGUCACCAACAGGCUAGCAAUGCUGGAGAAGAGAGUUGAACUGGAGGGCUUGAAGGUGGUGGAGAUUGAGAAGUGUAAAAAUGAUCUGAAGAAGCUACGAGAUGAGAUGACUUCAAGAGGUGGUGGCAGAGUAAACUGUCCAUGUAAAUACAACUUCUCGGAUGAUGGGAAAAAGGUCACUCCGAGACGAGAUGUCCCCAAUUACCCAAAGUACACACUGUCUCAGGAGACUGUUGAGGCACUCAAGAAGCCAACAUUUGAUGUCUGGCACUGGGAACAUAAUGAGAUGCUGAGUUGUUUGGAGUAUAUGUACCAUGACUUAGGACUGGUGAAAGAAUUCAACAUGAACCCCAUCACACUCAAACGCUGGCUGCUGGCGAUUCAGGAGAACUACCGUAACAACCCUUUUCACAACUUUCGCCACUGUUUCUGCGUUAGUCAGAUGAUGUAUGGCAUGAUUCACCUCUGCAACCUACAGGAGAAGCUGACUCUCACAGAUAUGGGAAUUCUAAUGACAGCUGCAGUAUGUCAUGACCUGGACCACCCUGGCUACAACAACACGUACCAAAUCAAUGCGCGCACGGAGCUGGCAGUGCGCUACAACGACAUAUCUCCGCUGGAGAACCAUCACUGUGCUGUGGCCUUCCAAAUCCUUUCUCUUCCUGAGUGCAAUAUCUUUGCAAACGUGGAUCCUGAGGCAUUCAAACAGAUCCGACAGGCAAUUAUCACCCUCAUUCUGGCCACCGACAUGGCCAGACACGGAGAGAUACUAGACUCUUUUAAGCAAAAAGUGGACAACUUUGACUUCACCAAUGAAGAGCAUGUGACCUGUCUGAAGAUGGUUUUGAUCAAGUGCUGUGAUAUUUCCAACGAAGUGAGGCCAACUGAGGUAGCUGAGCCAUGGGUGGACUGCCUAUUGGAGGAGUACUUCAUGCAGAGUGACAGAGAGAAGUCUGAGGGUCUCCCUGUGGCUCCCUUCAUGGACAGAGACAAAGUCACCAAACCCACUGCUCAGAUUGGAUUCAUCAAGUUCGUCCUCAUCCCAAUGUUUGAGACUGUCAUGAAGCUCUUCCCUCAGAUUGAGGAGAUCAUGGUUCAGCCUUUGAGGGACUCUCGUGACCACUAUGAGGAGCUGAAACAGAUUGAUGAUGCCAUGACAGAGGCACAGAAGAAAAAAACAGAAAAUAUGUCAUUAGGCGGGAAGAAGAAGUAAGCUGUGCAGUGAGUGAGUGCUGUGGUAUCUGUGGAUCUUCAUUUGUGUUCAAAUUAAGGAAAGACUUUAAAAAACACGACUGAGGCCUCAGUGAAGACGUUCUGUGCUGCGCUCUGAAGAUGACAGAUGGAUCAGGAAAAGAGACUGCUUGGCUACAUACUGAACUAAACUUAGGCGUCAAGGUGGCAUAUCUUGAACUUUGACUUAGACUUUUGCACUGGAUGUAACAGAGAGGGACCUGGUGACCUCUCUGUAUAUUUAUGGUGUUUAUGUUGUUCUCCUUACCUUUUUGUUUAAUAGCCUCAAGAUUUUGAUGAUAUGAUAUGAUAAUUUAUUUUUUCCCAUUUUUUCCAGUAGAAAAAUAAAAUGCACCAAACUGGGAUGUGUUCACCUCACUGUAGCAAUAAGUUUUUGAUUGAUAUGUUCCACAGGGUGUUUUCCAAAGAAUAAUGCAGCUUUGCACCUUUUAUUUCUUUCUCCACUCACAAUGAGCAGCUCAUUAAACCAUCACAAGUGUAGGUGUAUUUUCUUACAUUCAACACUUAAAAAUAAGUGGUAAAAAAAAAAGUGUUGCACAAUUUCUCCUGUAAAAACGUUUUCAUAUCUCACAAUACAUGUAAAGCUGUGAUUUGCAUGUCUGUUCAUUUGUCACACCCUGUGAGUCUUUAUAUAUGUAAAGGUUACAAAACACACAUUUCAGAUUGUCUUCUGUCUUAAAAGGGCGACUGUGUUUCCACAGUAAACAUAAACCUAAUGUGUGUAAAUGUGCGAUAGUCUUUGUAACAAAACAGCCUGGCAAAAUAAAUGCAGGUCUCUAAAUUAACUCUGUGUGUGUGUGUGUGUGUGUGUGUGUGUGUGUGUGUGUGUGUGUGUGUGUGUGUGUACUAAUUCUAACAACUACUAAUAUUUUUAACAUCAUAAUUCAUAAUUAACUUGGAAAGUAAGAAAAAAAAACAGGUACACAUUUAAAUGUAUCAAGUACUUUGAAUGUAAAUAAGGUGAAGAUUUAACUUUUAAAAAUACACAUCAGGAAUAUUUACGCAGACAUUCCAGUUAUACAUGGCUGAUUGGGAUACAUUUUAUUGCCACAUUUUAGACUUUAGGGCUAGAAAACAGUCUACAUGUGUUGAAAUAUGAAUAGUUUUCCAGUUGUGUACCACCCAAAGGUGCCACUUAUCUCAGCUCACACCACGCCCCUCUCUCACUACAGCUUCUCUUUGAGCCAUAUCAGAUCUGGGUGGUUUUCCUCAAGCUACUCCACACUGUUUUUAUUACUGUGGUUUUUGGAAGUAUGUUGGCAAUUACUCCAGAGCAAUUAUUGCCUCACCUGUUGGCCUCAUCUCACACACAACUACACACUGAAUACCACCUACACAGGUCUGAUGAAAUCACAAUCAUAUUAAUAAUAUAGAGUAAUGCACAAAUGCUCUACUUGUACUGUAUCUGUUUGUUUGUGUCAAAAUCCACUAGUAGAAUUAAUAAACUUAAAUUUCCCACAUCUAGUUUAAUUUAGAUAUCACUAUUUAUUCACAUGUUUAUGGUUUGAUGUUUUUUUUUUAUUAAUCUGAUUUUUUGUGUGCAUACUACUGCAAUCCAACUUGUAAGUUGAUGAUCUCAAAGCAAUAAAAGCAAAGGAAACAGUAGGCCACAUGUUAUUGUUACAGUUGAGAUGAGAGAAAUGAGUAAACAUAUUUGAGUGCAAGUGUUGUUUUAAUGGAUGUAAUUACCCAUCACCUUCUCAACAUACCAUGACAGAGUGUAUUGACCUGCAGGAAUGCUCUGAUUAAACAACAUGCUGUCUUAUCAUCAAGAUACUGCUCAGCACUCUGCUACAUGGCCAAUGAUUAAAGCACUGCAAUUUCAAAAUAAAAGGAGCUUGGUAGUGAUAAGUUGA